AUGCAUUCUGUAGCGCAAAAAUGCUAUCGCACAACGAAACUGUUAUACCAAAAAUAUGGAGAUUAUGAUAGAUCUCUUCAAGAGAAAUUUUCGACCAGCUUUGGAACGAAAUUUAGUACUAAGGAUCUAGUCGUAGGUUAUAGAACGCUGGUGGCUCUUCCUAUAAUUAAAAACAGAGAAAUGGGCUUUGGUAACGUCGUCAUGCUUUCCUACGAGGACACUCACGACCCUAUCUAUGUCAGAUACGUGUCCGAAGAUGGAACAGUUGGCUACUGGCUAGAAAUAACUGCCAAACAAUAUAUGGAUGCCUUAUACAAAUGUAACAAAGGGUUCCCUCCUAGGAAGCCUUGCAAAAAUACUCGCUUUGCUCGCACUUGA